UGGUAGCCUGCAGCUCAGAAGAUUCCGCUGUUGAAAUAAGCCUCCAAGAAAGUCUAUAUAUUAAAACCGAAAGAGUCGUCACACUUCAAACGAAAUAACCUUCACUUUAACCAAGCCUUCUUCUCCAAGAUUUUUCGCCUUCAAUUCUAAGGGUUUUCUAGAUCAUUCUGUGAAAAUAUGAGUGACAAUUUGAUGGAGAAAGUCAGCGCCUUUGGUGAGCGCUUGAAAAUUGGGGGAUCUGAGGUGGGGCAGAAGAUUACUGCUGGCGUGAGCUCUGUUAGUUUCAAGAUGAAGGAGUUCUUCAACGGUCCGAAUCAGGCUGAUAAGCUUGUCGAGGAAGCGACUGCUGAAACUCUUGAUGAGCCUGAUUGGGCGACAAAUCUCGAACUUUGUGAUAUGAUCAAUCAUGAGAGGGUCAGCAGUGUUGAGUUGAUCAGGGGAAUAAAGAAAAGGAUUGUGCUGAAAAGCCCUAGGAUUCAGUAUUUGGCCCUUGUGUUGCUUGAAACUGUUGCGAAGAAUUGUGAGAAGGCGUUCUCGGAGAUUGCGGCGGAGAGGGUGCUGGAUGAGAUGGUGAAGCUGAUUGAUGACCCGCAGACUGUGGUCAACAAUCGGAAUAAGGCUCUUAUAUUGAUUGAAUCGUGGGGAGAGUCCAGUAAUGAACUUCGUUACCUGCCUGUUUUUGAAGAAACAUACAAGAGUUUGAAAUCAAGAGGAGUUCGAUUUCCUGCUCGUGAUGAAGAGAGUCUGGCUCCAAUAUUUACUCCUGCAAGAUCUGUGGAAGCAACAGCACCUCAUUAUGAUAUCCCUGUGCAGAGCUUUUCUGCUGAACAGAUAAAGGAAGCAUUUGAUGUUGCACGAAACAGUAUUGAGCUUCUAAGCACCGUUUUAUCCUCUUCCCCACAGCAAGAUGUUCUUGAGGAUGAAUUGACCACCACCCUUUUACACCAAUGCCGCGAGUCCCGGUACACCGUUCAGAAAAUCAUCGAAACAGGUGGCGACAACGAGGCAGUGCUCUUCGAAGCUCUGAAUGUUAACGACGAGAUUCAAAAAGUUCUAUCCAAAUUUGAAGAGAUGAAGACGCCGUCAGGAUCGCCAAAGGGGCCGGAGCCUGCCAUGAUCCCAGUCGCUGCUGAGCCCGAUGAUUCACCUGCAGCUGGCAAAGAAGAAUCCCUCGUCAGAAAGCCUCGUUCGGGCAGCAACGGAGGGAACAACGACGAUAUGAUGGACGAUCUAGAUGAGAUGAUCUUCGGCAAGAAGUCUGGUGGCACGUCGGAGGCCGGGGCGCAAGAUGCAAAGAAACAACAGCCACCCAAAGACGAUCUAAUCUCCUUCUAAGUUGGAUUACUUAAAACAUGAUUGAUAUUGGGUUUGUUGAUACUUUUGACAUCUGAUAUACUGGACUCUCCUUGAACGAUAUACCACUGUGCACUCUAUUUUCUUUUUUGUUUUAUCUCUUUAUCUUUUAUAUUUUGAAAGUUGGGAGUCUACUUUAUUGAUAUCCACGCUAGUUGUGCAUGAUAUUUGUAGUGGAACUACACUGGAUGUAAUUUGCCUAUCAUUCAUCUUUUAUGAUUUAUAUGAAGAGGUUAUUUUUAA